CAAAAGUGUUGGUGGAUCAAACAUCAUUGAUAAAUAAUAGAAAAAAAUGGGUUCCCAUCAGAAAAAUCUAUUGCUUCUUUUUACACUCUUAUGGUGUUCAUUGACAUUUCUAUCAUGUUAUGGUAUCCCAAGUGAGUACUCCAUUUUAGCUUUUGACCUUAACAAGUUCCCUUCAGAGGAACAAGUGGUUGAGCUGUUCCAACAAUGGAAGAAGGAACACCAAAAGUUCUAUAUACAUCCAGAAGAAGCAGCUUUAAGGUUGGAGAAUUUCAAGAGGAAUUUGAAAUACAUUGUAGAGAGGAAUGCAAUGAGAAAUUCUCCUGUCGGACACCAUCUUGGAUUGAACAGGUUCGCUGAUAUGAGCAAUGAAGAGUUCAAGAAUAAGUUUAUUUCGAAGGUGAAGAAGCCAAUUAGCAAGAGGGCCAGUAACUUGCAUGUCAAGGUUGAAUCCUGUGAUGAUGCACCUUACUCUUUAGAUUGGAGAAAGAAAGGAGUUGUGACUGGUGUGAAGGAUCAAGGCAACUGUGGUAGUUGUUGGUCAUUCUCUUCCACUGGAGCAAUAGAAGGAGUAAAUGCAAUAGUGACAGGGGACCUUAUAAGCCUUUCAGAACAAGAACUUGUAGAUUGUGAUACUACUAAUGAUGGAUGUGAAGGAGGAUACAUGGAUUAUGCUUUUGAGUGGGUUAUAAACAAUGGUGGGAUAGAUACAGAAGCUGAUUAUCCAUACAUUGGUGUGGGUGGUACUUGCAAUGUCACCAAGGAGGAAACCAAAGUUGUUACCAUUGAUGGCUACACUGAUGUGACACAAUCAGAUAGUGCUUUGUUUUGUGCUACUGUGAAGCAGCCAAUAAGUGUUGGUAUAGAUGGCUCCACAUUGGAUUUUCAACUAUACACUGGUGGAAUAUAUGAUGGAGAUUGUUCAAGUAAUCCAGAUGAUAUUGAUCAUGCAGUUCUAAUUGUGGGUUAUGGCUCAGAUGGUAAUCAAGAUUAUUGGAUUGUGAAGAAUUCUUGGGGAACAAGUUGGGGAAUUGAAGGUUUCAUUUAUAUUAGAAGGAAUACUAACUUAAAGUAUGGAGUAUGUGCAAUCAAUUACAUGGCAUCAUUUCCUACCAAAGAGUCCACUUCAAUAUCACCAACUAGUCCUCCUUCACCACCAUCACCGCCGCCGCCGACACCUCCUUCUCCUACACCAAGUAAAUGUGGAGACUUCUCCUAUUGUACUACUGAAGAGACAUGUUGUUGCCUUUAUGAGUUAUUUGAUUUCUGCUUAGCUUAUGGUUGUUGUGAGUACGAGAAUGCUGUUUGUUGCACUGGCACAAAAUAUUGUUGCCCAAGUGAUUAUCCCAUUUGUGACACUGAAGAUGGACUUUGUCUCCAAAACUAUGGAGAUUUAAUGGGAGUGGCUGCAAAGAAGAAAAAGAUGGGAAAGCACAAGUUUCCAUGGACCAAAUAUGAACAAACAAAAAAGACACAUUAUCCCCUUCAAUUAAGGAGGGGUGCAUUUGCUACAGUGCGUUGAAUCUGAAGGUUAUAAUAAUCAAGUCAAUCUUUGUGUUGAUUUGCUUGGAUUUUCUGUACUGUGUACCGUGGACCGGAUUAUAAAUAUUAAAUCUUUGAUUUUCUUCUAAAAAAAAGAAAAUUUUCCUCUUGGUAGAAAUAUAUCUGAACUAUUUGUUUA